UGAAAAAUCUCGAUUGUCUCGUCUCUGUGUCGCGCCCCUUCUCUCCAUACUUCGCCGAUUCGCAUGGCGUCUCAGAAUCUGACUGAGUAUGAACGGAAGAGACUUGAGAAUAUUCGCCGCAACGAUGAAAUGUUGGCUGCCCUUAAGAUUCAUUCCAAAGCCUCUGAAGUAUCCGCCGCAGCGAAGCGCUCAAGGGUUGCAUCCAAAUCUUACACUCUGAAAUCUGAAAAGAAGCCUAAAACGGAAACUCCAGUGGUGAUCCGAAGGUCCUUGCGAUCCAGAGGCAUGCCACCCGAUUCCGAGGGUUUGAAGGAUGUCGCUUUGGAAUCUGUCAAUGUUACUGAGAAAUCACCGGCCAAAGUGUUGGGUCCUCUUUCCAUGAGAGAUGCUUACGAAGGGGAUGAAUUUGACCGCUCCUUAGUUGAAGCAAUUGUGGGUUUGGCUAAGAAGGAAGCUCAUUCUCAUGCUUUGAAUGGAGAAGGAAUUGGUAGCUGCGCAGAUGGGAAUGCUUUGAAUGUCGUUAAGGAAAGAAGCGUCGGGGCUUCUUGUGAUUUAGAGAGGAGAAAGGAGGAAUACAAGGUCAGGGGUACGUUGAAGUUGGAAUCUCUAACUUUGGAUUCCGAUAACAUAGCAAGGGUGGUUCCAUCAAGGAUAACCACUGCACGAUUUUUUCCUUCAAGCAGUGUGAAGAUGAUCGUGACAGGUGACAAAUUGGGAAAUCUUGGAUUCUGGAAUUGCGAUUCUGUCAAUAAUGAAGGAAAUGAAGUUCAUUUAUACCACCCCCAUCCAGCUGCCAUUUCUGGGAUCUUGGUUCAAAGAUAUUGCUUGUCUAAGAUUUACACAAGUUGCUAUGAUGGAUUGGUUCGCCUGAUGGAUGCUGAAAAGGAGAUUUUUGACCUGGUGUUUAACAGUGAUGAAACUUUAUACUCUCUCUCACAGCCAAACAAUGAUGCCAACUGCCUAUAUUUUGGCGAAGGUCCUGGAGGCUUGACCAUUUGGGACAGCAGGACAGGGAAAUGUACAUCCCAAUGGGUUUUGCAUGGAAGUAGGAUUAAUACAAUAGAUUUCAACCAGGAAAACCUUCACAUGAUGGCAACUAGUUCUUCUGAUGGAACUGCCUGCACCUGGGAUUUGAGAUAUAAUAAGAAGUCCAAGCCGAGUGCCCUAAGGACAUUUACUCACCAAAGAGCUGUGCAUUCUGCUUACUUCUCCCCUUCUGGGCGUUCUCUGGCAACUACAAGCCUGGACAACACAAUUGGUAUAUACGAUGGAGUUAACUUCGAGAAUGCAUCGACUAUGUUCCACUUCAAUCAGACAGGCAGGUGGCUUUCUACCUUCAGAGGAAUAUGGGGUUGGGAUGAUUCCUAUAUCUUCGUUGGCAAUAUGAAAAGAGGAGUUGACGUUAUCUCUCCUGUUCACAAGAAAAUCGUCAGGACUCUACAGAGCCCACACAUGUCUGCCAUUCCGUGCAGGUUUGAUGCUCACCCUUUUGAGAUUGGGACUCUCGCGGGAGCUACUAGUGGGGGACAGGUUUAUGUGUGGACAUCAUCCUAAGAGAACCAUCUAAUUAUGCACUAAUCUCGUGUACAAUUAAAUGGAAUGCUCGUUUGCGGUCUUUAGACUGGUUGGUUGCUUGUAUGAGGCUUAAGUUCAUUGUCUAGGCACUAGAUAGUGUUAUGUGAAGCAUUUUUAUUCCUUGUAUGCUUAAUAUGUUAUGUCGAAAGCGGUGAUGAUUAAAAAUUAGGAAAAUAUAAUCAUUAAUUUUUAUAAUUUUAUCGAAUUUUGCUUUCAA